AUGUUUGCAAGACGCGCAAUCCCUUCGGCAUUCCGAGCUGCAACUCGCGCGAGCGCUGCUCGCCCCAUCCCGAGCGCCCGCUUCCUCACGCCAUUCCAAGCUCGACUUCUAUCCGAUGAAGUUCGCUCUGCAAUCGACAAGGCUGUUGCAUCGGCGCCGGUAGUCUUGUUCAUGAAGGGCACACCAGAAACACCACAAUGCGGUUUCUCAAGAGCUAGCAUCCAAAUCUUGGGCAUGCAAGGAGUAGAUCCGGAGAAGUUUACGGCUUUCAAUGUGCUGGAGGAUCAGGAACUGAGGCAGGGCAUCAAAGAAUACUCGGAAUGGCCGACGAUACCCCAGCUAUACGUGGACAAGGAGUUCGUCGGUGGUUGUGAUAUCCUCAUGUCGAUGCACCAAGAUGGCUCGCUUGCGAAGAUGUUAGAGGAGAAGGGUGUAGUCGUUCCUGCUGAACAAACACCCCCAUAA